AUGGCCAUCUCCGGGCUUCCCGGUGUUGCGGCGGUUGAUGAGAUUAUUGGUAUUUACUUUUCCGAGGUCAACUGGCUAUAUGGUAUAGUCGAGCCGUUUUAUUUCAGGAGUGCUCUCAAAGAAUGGCGGACAUUCACUUUGACUGCAUCGGGCUCUUCUGACAUUGAAUCCAUUUCUGUUAGCCUGAGAUGCUUCCCUGGCUUGCUUUUCCAAGUACUUGCAAUCACAUUGCUAUUUCUCCCAUCAGGAACCAGAAUCGAGGAGUUACCUGAGGUUGACUAUCUUGAGCUUUCUCAAAGAUAUACCGACAUCGGUUUAGAUCUCAUACAUCUGCUGGGGCAUCAAGGGACUACAAUAGUCACGGUGCAACACGAUCUCCUGAGAGCUGCAUGGCUCAAAAACCGAGGUCAUGGAGGUGAGGCUUGGCACGCCUUAAGCAAUUCAAUCAGGUUCGAAUCAGUCAUGUCUUGUAAGAGAUUUGAUUCUCACCAGGUAUCAGGAAAGCCCAAGAACUCAAUCUACACCGAGGAAUUCUGGUACUGCGAAUGGAAAAAAAGAUUGUGGAUAACGUUAUACGUAUGGGAUAGUAACAUGUCUCUAUUGCUUGGCCGACCGAGGCUAGUCAACACGAUAGACUGUGACGCCGACCUGCCUAUGAAUUACGACUUCCCCGAUAGUGUUGAGAAUUUGCAUUUGCCGACUGUACAAGCCUACAACUCUCUGGACAGCAGAAUUCCCUCGUCCGUCUGUCUUAAUUUGUUCAUGUAUGAGCUUUCGCGGAAAGUAGAUAAAAUAAGAGCUCUCAGAGCAGACAAACCCGGCUUGCAAGACUACGCUGUUAUCCAGCGAUUUCAUUCCGAAAUAUUAUCCUUGCUGGAAGAACUCCCGUCGACGAUUCGGACGCCAAACCCUGAUACUUCAUGGGACCUACAGUAUCCUAUCAUACCGCGUCAGAGGGAGAAGAUAUUCACAGCUGCGUAUUUAUUACUCAUGGCGCUCCACCGGCCGCACGUCGCAAAGCACAUGCACAGUCGGGAAACCGUACUGAAAGCCGGUCUCGCCAUUCUCGAGUCUCAGCAGCGAUUCUUCGAAGCUAUCACUCGAUCCCACUACGCAUACUUCGGCAAUGCUUUCUUCACUAUCGACGCAGUGAUCGUGCUAUCAACCGUGGUCUCCGUCUUCCCCACGAAAAACAUCGACUUCCUGCGGCAAAUAAUGCUUGCUACCCAACAAGCAAUUGGCCGAUUGUGUCUCAUCCAGACGGAGAACGAAAUGGCUCGCGUGGGCGUCAAGAUCGUGCGUUCGUGUCAUCACGCAAUCAAAGAUGCGUAUAACAGGAGCAAGCUUCUGAGUCGCGUACCGACGCCAACUUCAAUUACGCACGAGUAUCAGGGCCUAGAUGAAACCUUUCAGCCGAGUGAUCAAAUUACAUUCCCGGAGUUGGACAACAAUGUUGACACGGGUUUCUUGAUCUACAAUAACGCCGUUACGAAUGAAGCGGACUUUAAUGAGUUAAUGAUGCCGAUGAAUCAGACGGGAGCAACUGAGUUUGAUACUUCGUACUGGAUGGGUUACAGACAGCAGGUCGUCAAUGAUGCGACAGAUAUGCUCAAUAUUAACUUGAAAUGA